CUUAAAUCAAGUUGGUUUUCCCUUUUCCCACUUUCUCAUAUUUCCAUAAGAAUAAAAACAGAGCAAGCCAGCCCAACCCAGCAUACUCUACUAUACUACUCUUUUCUCUUCAAGUAACCCUUUUUAUUUUCUUUCUUAGGAAAUCACUAAGAACCCAGAAAGAUAUCUCUUUCACAUAUUCAUAUAUUUCAUAUAUACACACAUAUAUAGAUACCCUUUUGUUUGUUUUCUCUAUAUUUUGAUUUUUUUUGAGUUCUCUAAACUUGGGCAACACGAAUAUAUAUUCUUUCUCUGAAAAAGGUUGGUACUUUUGAUUAAAGGAAGAAGAAGGGGUGUGAAAGAUGAAGGAGAUGAAGAAAGAAAAAAUGUUACACCACAACCAUCACCUCCAUAGGUAUAACCAUUGGAGAAAAGGGCAAGCUUUGGAAGAUGAUGAAGAGUCUCAAACUUUUGUUGUAAUGGAUUGUGGAAGUUUUGGUUAUUAUAAGAGAACAAGGCCUACUCUUGUUUCUCUUCUUCUCCUUUCUCUUCUCUCUUGUGUCUUUGUUUUGGCUCCUCACUUCUUUGGUUCUUCUUCCACCUUUUCUCUCUCAUAUUCACCUCGUGAUGAAAGUGAAGAACUUUCUUCUGAUUUGAAUAUAAAAACUCAUCCUUUUUCACUUGACUCUAAUGGUACUAUAUAUUGUGAUAGAAGUGGUUACCGUUCUGAUUUUUGUAUCAUGAAAGGGGAUGUAAGAACACACUCAGGGUCCUCUUCUGUAUUUGUUUAUGGCCCCAGAGACAGUAACAGCUACAUGGAUUUUGUUUCCACCAUUGUUGCUGAGGAAGAAACUGAAGAAGAAGAAGAACUUCAGCAUGAAAAGGUCAAACCUUAUACAAGAAAAUGGGAAACUAGUGUUAUGGACACUAUUGAUGAAAUAGACCUUAUUUCAAGGAAACCCUCAGCUAAAAAACAACAUGAGUGUGAUGUUAACCAUGAUGUUCCAGCAGUGUUUUUCUCAACAGGUGGUUAUACUGGUAAUGUUUACCAUGAAUUCAAUGAUGGGAUUUUACCAUUGUUCAUUACUUCAAAACAUUUCAAUAAGAAAGUUGUGUUUGUUAUCUCUGAGUAUCAUAAUUGGUGGGUUACCAAAUAUGGAGAUGUUCUUUCCCAACUCUCUGAUUACCCUCCAAUUGAUUUCAAGGGUGAUUUGAGGACCCAUUGUUUUCCACAAGCCAUUGUUGGCCUCAAAAUCCAUGGUGAUUUAACUGUGGACCCUUCAUUGAUGGAAGAAAACAAGACUGUAGUUGACUUUCGAAAUGUCCUUGAUAGAGCUUAUUGGCCUAGAAUUGAAGGACUAAUUCAAGAUGAAGAAAGGGAAGCACAAGAGAAACUAGCUCAAUCUCCAACACAAACAUUGUCAAAGAUUAAGCAAAAGGUUUCGAAAGACAGACUUUUUCGCAAGCCUAAGUUGCUGAUCUUAGCGCGAACAGGGUCGAGAAUGAUAACAAAUCAGGACAUGGUGGCUGAAAUGGCUGAGAAGAUGGGGUUUGAAGUUGAGAUUCUUAAACCAGACAGAACAACAGAAUUGGCCAAGAUUUAUAGAGCUCUAAAUUCAAGUGAUGUGAUGAUUGGAGUACAUGGUGCUGCAAUGACACAUUUCUUGUUCAUGAAACCUGGCUCAGUUUUCAUACAAGUUGUUCCACUUGGGACUGUUUGGGCUGCAGAGACUUAUUAUGGUGAGCCAUCAAGAAUGCUUGGAUUGGAGUAUAUUGGGUACAAAAUCCAUGCUAGUGAGAGCUCAUUAUAUGAAAAAUAUGAUGAAGAUGAUCCUGUUCUUAAAAAUCCAAAUAGUGUGACCAAAAAAGGGUGGCAAUACACAAAAAGUAUCUAUCUUGAUGGUCAAAAUGUGAGACUUGAUCUUACAAGAUUUAGGAAGCAUUUGAUGCAUGCUUAUAAAUACUCUGUCACUAGAAUAAGGAAGAUCAGCAGCAAUAGACAUUUCAAAUCACACUAAAAUUUCUUCAUUGAACAAUAUUAUUAUAUAUAAUUCUUUUUUACCCUUUACAAAGUUGUAAUGGUUGAUUAUUAUUUGUGGGGUGGUUGUAGAUUUUGUGAACAUAAAAUGAUAAAAUUGGGGGGGAUAUUAAUAGGGAUAAAUUUGUUUGUACUUUUGUAGAAAUUCAUGGUUGGAUUAUGUAAUAAUAAUACCUUUUGUAAAUUCAAUAAGAUUGUUAACUAAGAAAUCAAGUUCUAUUUUUUUU